AUGACCGCACAGGUCCUAUCUGUCCAGGUCAAGAAGGAAAUCAUGGACGGUGGUGCUGACAAGACUGACCAGUCAAAGUCUGCCACUGCCCUCGACAUUGAGGCAAAGUCCUCCAGCGACAGCGGUGGAAACGCCAUUGAAGUAGCUAUAAAUGGUGAGGGCGACCAAAAGAGUGGAGCUAAGGUUACUGAUGCUGAUAAAGUUGUUGUGCCAACAGUUACCAUGGUGCAGGGUAACCAGGUGACGGAUGUUAAUGCCGAGCAGUUACAGCGACUUAUACAGCAGCAGUACUUGGUUAAUCUUAUUCAGUUCCAACAGUCCAUGUUUCAGGGCCAAGCAGCCCUGCAACAGCAUCAUCAAAGUCUUCUCACCGCCCUUGAUGGCAAGGGCAAGGAAGGGGAGACAACUGCAGAAGCACCUGUUGCCCACCAACAGGUAUCACCUGGCAUUACAAUGGUGAAAGAUGGACAAAAGCGAACUGUUGAAGGACUGAGUGCAGAAAUUGGGUCAGAUGUGGAUGCCAUGGAGUUUGAUGACAGUAUGUUUAUAGAGGAAGAGUUGGAUGAAAACGGAAAACCUAAGAAGGUGGACGGACGGAUAAGACACACAGGUCUGUCUAUAGUUGGGGGUCGCAAUAUUAACCAGUAUGGGCGAGAAUUUACUAAUGGACGCCCUCUUCCUGACCAUCUUAGAGUACAGAUACUACAGCUGGCUCUCCAGGGCAUCAGGCCUUGUGAGAUCAGUCGACAACUUCAGGUGUCACACGGCUGUGUCAGCAAGAUCCUUAACAGGUAUAGGAAGACUGGCAGUAUCAAUCCUGGUCAGAUAGGGGGAAGUAAACCGAAGGUCACGACCCCUGGUGUGGUGAGCAGGGUUCGGCAGUACAAGAUAGAAAACCCACAGAUGUUUGCCUGGGAAAUACGACAAAAAUUGUUAAGCGAUGGAAUUUGCACAGAAAAGAACAUCCCUUCAAUAAGUUCAAUCAACCGGAUCAUCCGUGACAAAGCUAUCUUACAGCGAAGGUCACUGGACCUGGCCGGAUUCACCGACUCUGAAGAUACUACGGACAUGGAUGACUUGCCACUGGACACAGAAGGCAUACAGAAGUAUAUGUUGUCUGUGCCACACCUACAUGCUGCAGCCGCACAGAUGCAGCAGGUGGCUGUGACAACAGCGUCAUCAGGAACAGCUCCCAUAGACACCACCUGCACAAUUAUCCCUGUACAGGCCGUUACCUUGGAUGCCAGUCAAACGAUCAUGGUCCCAGCCAUGUCAGGGGUCAAUCAACAGAUGAUGUUAACACAGACUCCUCUCUCACUGUCUCAGUCACCUCCUCAAGUCCUCACACAGUCGCCAACCUCCCAGAACGACAAAGCCUCACCCAAGGAAAAACUCUCACCCAAGUCAAAGGAUGCUCAGGCAAAAGGUCAAGGUCAGACUGUUGGGGUCACUGAGGGUGAUGCACAAAUUAUUUCUGUUGAGGAUGGAAACUCUGAUGAGCUUAACAAGAGUGGAGGGAGUACUGGUUCCAAUGGUCGGUCUGAUGUGUCUAAACACAACAGCCUACAGGCUGUCAUCUCACACCUUAUCUCCACGCAAACGGCAGCCAUGAUGAAGGAGGGCGAGAGUCUGGAUGAAACUGACGCAGCUACCAAGUCCAUACAAAUGGCUUCAGGUGUUAUUGGUGCACAGUCUCCUGACCACCUCCGCUCUUCAGUUCCCUCUAGUGUCAGUCCAACAAUGCCCUCACAGAGAAGUCCACAGACCAAGGUGUCAAGAGGUCGUUCACGUAUAUCUAGUCGAAGUGAAGCCAACUCUUCUAACAGCUCAUCUCCUACUGGUGUCACACGAGGCAAUCCUGGACAAAAGUCGCGUACCAACAGAGAGGCGGCAAGUAGGAUCCCAGUCAAUGGGAAUGUUGUGUUCAAUUCAAAUCCCAGUCCAGUUGGAUUUGACAAAUUUGGUGCCAUAUACUAUGAUUAUAACUUGCCAGAUAGAGGCUUAGGGGGAGGUACAACAGUUCCUCCAAGACCUGCAGCCCCUCAGGCAGCAGCGGCCGGGCCGUCAACAACCCCAAACGUGGUUAAUUUGGUUCCGGCCAUGUGGCACUAUCCUCAGUCUCCGGCCCAGCUGCCUGUCACCAGUCCCAACACCUCAGAGAGAAGUGGACCCUCCCCUCUAGACCUAUCAGCUGCUCAUCCUAGGGAUAUGCCAAAGUUGAAAGAGGAGCCAAAAGAUAUGGAAAAAGAUGACACUGCAUCUCAUAGUGAUGUGAUCACUCCCAAACCUCCACAACUGGAGAAGGAGCAGUGUCUGUCUGCAGAUAACAUUUCUCCCACAACAUCUCAAAAUACCAGCGUGAAGACGUCGCUUGAAUUACAACAGGUCCUACCAGGAAAACAGACUGCAUCGGGAUCUCCUCAGAGUUUAAGUGAUAAACAACAACUAUCUAACAAACAAAGACUGUUGUAUGAACAGAACAUGCUCAUAUUUGGUGAAAAGGAAGUAGAGAUUAUUUCUGUUGGAAAUAAUAAAUGGAUUGUUAGGAAUGAGAAAGAAUUAUAUACGGUUGUGAAUAAAGGGGGUGAGGAAGCAGCCAGGGAAACGAACACUACAGAAUUAUCCACUGGUCAAAAUCUCACCAACUAUACAUAUGUCACUUCAGUGUCCAGUCCAAACAAAACACUUGCUAACUGUCAAGAUGUUGUCAUGGUUACUGAGAAUAUGGGAACUUCGUCUCAGACUUCUGUCAGUGGUCAACAAAGCUCUUCACCUAACAAACGUCAACAAGAGGGCAACAGCGGUAACCAUGGAAAUGACACAAACAAAAUUCCUAAACUGUCAAACGGAGAUGUUCAUAGGCAGGUGGCUGGUGCUUCAGAAGCAGGGUUUCCCUCAUUGGUCGGGGUUGUGAAUGUGCCACUGGUGAGUAGUGGACAACAAAAGUUACCAUCCAUAUCCCAGAAUUCCACACUAGUUCAGAGUGAAUCCAUAAAUAGCUCAAAUCCUCAGAACUCCAUUGGAGCAGCAGAUGACAAGGGAUUUCCUGUCCUGCAACAGAUGCUGAAACCAGCAUAGUGAAACGGAGGAUUUCUAGAAAUAUUCCCUACGUCCAAAGCUUACAGACGGUUCAGAAUGUCAUCAUUACUUUGUUGUGUCUAUGUAUACAUAUCCUUCUAUAGACCUCGUUGUUAGUUCCCACGGAAACCUUUACUAGAACCUUGUGUGUGAUGAUGAAAUCCAUUUUGAGGCUUAUUGUGAUUUAUGAUGAUAUGUAAAAUUCAAAUUUCUGCAAUAUUGUUUUGAAAGUUAUCGUAGCUGUAGCAUCUUGUUAUAAAUGUUUUGAAUAUUUUUAAUCCAAAUUUAUUGCCAU